AUGCCUGUCAAUCUUUUCAAGAAGAAGUCGAGAGCGCCAGAAGACAAAACUUCUGCCACCCCACCGUCAUCUCCAGAAAAGCGAUCGCCAACAAAGCCAACAAAGCCUUCAAACGACCGCGACCGUGACCGUGACCGCCGAUCACGCUCUACCCAUUCUCCGAAGCCUUACAGCGCUUCCCGCACAAACUCGCAUCGCUACGACAAAGACACUCAUCCUCUCAACCUUCCUCCACACGAGCGAAAGAGGCUGUCAGCCCUGUCGGCCGGUAUGAGCGAUCAAGGUACACCGACACCUGCAGAGGUCGAUCGCGAUAUCUCCUCGUCGCCUGCCCCUACUAGUCCCGCAACUACACUUCCAGGAGCCUUUCCUAGCUCAAACGGAAUCCGUAACGGUGCAGAUGAGGUUGGACCAGCACCACCUCCACACCGGACCCCGACCAGUCCGCCGCCGCAGUCACAGCCUCAAGAGAACGCUGUAGAUGCAGAAGCAUGUAAAGCUGCCGGAAAUAAAUUCUUCAAGGCCAAGGACUAUACCAAGGCUAUCCAAGAAUAUUCAAAAGCCAUCGAUGCGGAUCCGAAAUCGUCCACGUACCGCGCCAACCGUGCAGCGGCCUACAUGUCUGCAAAUCGUUUCGCGGACGCUCUUCGCGAUGCCAAGACUGCCGAUGAACUCGAGCCCAACAACGAAAAGAUACUAUACCGCCUAGCUAGAAUCUACACCAGUCUUGGAAGACCUGAUGAAGCGCUUGACACCUACGCACGAAUCGAUCCGCCUGCCUCAGCAAAGGACAAGGGUCCAGCACAGGCUAUGCAACACCAUAUUCAGCAAGCGGAAGAGCAGUUGAGGACCGGAACGUCUGGGUCAAUGGUUAUUCACGGUCUUGACCAAGCAGAACGCGGGCUGGGAUUCAAUGUUGAUAGGCCGCGGAAGUGGAAGCUAAUGCGCGGAGAGGCAUACCUCAAGAUGGGGAACGAGAACUCUCUAGGCCAAGCUGCUAAUGUCGCCAUGUCAUUAUUGAGAAGCAACAAUUCAGACCCUGAAGCGUUGGUGCUGAGAGGUCGCGUGCUGUACUGCCAGGGCGAGAAUGAGAAAGCGAUCCAACACUUCCGACAAGCACUCAACUGUGAUCCCGAUUUCAAGGAUGCUGUCAAGUACCUGCGGAUGGUACAGAAAUUGGACCGGACGAAAGACGAAGGAAACUCACUCUUCAAGUCGGGCAAGUAUCAAGCUGCCAUUGAGACGUACACCCAAGCUUUGGAUAUCGACCCUACCAACAAGGGCACCAACUCGAAAAUCCUGCAGAACCGCGCUCUCUGUUACACACGGACAAAGGAGUAUCAAAAGGCUAUUGCAGACUGCACACGUGCACUAGAACUAGAUCCUUCGUACACCAAAGCACGCAAGACAAAGGCCAAAGCAUUAGGCGAGUCGGGUAAUUGGGACGAAGCCGUCAAGGAGCUCAAAGCUAUACACGAGGCAAAUCCAUCCGAACCUGGUAUGGCCAAGGAGAUUCGCAACGCAGAGAUGGAACUGAAGAAGAGCAAGAGGAAGGACUACUACAAGAUACUCGGGGUUGAUAAGGAUGCGGGCGAGUCUGAAUGCAAGCGUGCCUACCGUAAGCUAGCUAUUGUCCAUCAUCCCGACAAGAACCCUGGCGACACCGAGGCCGAGGCGCGAUUCAAGGACAUCAGCGAAGCCUAUGAGACUCUUAGCGACCCACAGAAGAAAGCAAGAUACGACAGCGGAGAAGACCUGAUAGAUCCAUCAGAAAUGUACAGCGGCAUGGGGGGCAUGGGAGGAUUCGGCGGUAUGGGUGGCAUGGGCGGAAUGGGCGGAGGCAUGGGGGGCAUGGCUGGCGGCAUUGACCCCAACAUCCUGUUCGAGAUGCUCAACAACCAAAGACCGCAGGGUGGAGGCGGAAUGCCCAGAGGAGGGGGAGGACACUCGUUCUCUUUCAAUACUGCUGGAGGCUCUCCAUUCGGUGGCUUCUAGAAUCCAGUCUGACACUGCACAGCGCAACACACGGUUACUGUCCACGCAUCACUGUUACCCGUCUGUUUGGAGUUCUGGGGGGAUUAUGGGACGCUCAAGCGAGCUGGAUAGAUCUCAUGAGCACUUGACGUUCGAAAACAGUUGGCAGCAUGCAUCUAAUAAUACGAUGAGCAUUCAAUGUACAACAGCAACCUCUCGCGCUCUUUCUAGCAAUAACCAGACUAAAACCGGCUCGAGAUACUACUCUACAUGUUGCUUUAUUAUCGUGAAAUGCCCAGAGAUAAUGUCUGUUCUAUGACAGAAAAGGGUAAGAUUUGACUAUGACAGACGUCCAUAUAUGCUACGAAUGAGAUCAGUGGAGACAAAUGAACAUAUGCUUACUAUCUAAAAAUUUAAAAUCAACCUUCAG